GUUUGUGAUCCAAACACUUCUCCGGUCUGAGCCGAAACAACUGUAGCUAGACAACAACCGUCAUGGGUGAAAUGGCAGAACUCACAGAUAAAUUCAACUCUUUCACCAUGACGCAAUUAAACGAGUUGCUUGAAGACGAUGAAAAACUAAAUGAUAUUGUCAAAGAAAUGGACGAGGUAAGUUCCCAUUGUGUUUUGUUAGCUAGCUAACGUUAAUUGGCUAUCCCUAGGAACGCUAACUAUCUAGCAUCAAGACAUCUAGCUAGCCGUGCACUUAUGUCUGUCGUCAGGCAGACCUGGCUUCAUUCACAAAUCCCUUCUGAAUGCUAAAAUGGCAUUGAGCAAGCUCAUCAACAUCCACCUCUUUGCCGCACAGCUGAGAAGCGUGCUCCUUGUACUGUACUCAACAUUUGGCACCUGUUUUGUGGAUGCUAUUUCCAUAUUUAUAUUGUCGAAUCAUUUUCCACAAUAACCCUGUUUAUGUACAUAUAGCAGGUCACAAAUGGUAUUGCGGCAUUGUCAUUGUUUGGCAUUACGGCACAAAUGCCAUCUGAUGCCCAUUAUUGCAGAAGUAAUCGACCCACCCGCGUUUAGGAACUGAACAGAUUUGAAAGGAACUGAUCCCUGAUCUGUUUUAUGGUAGCUAGUAGUGGUGGUAUUUGUUUCCUGUUAAAUGCUCAGGACACACACAAGCCAGCCAGUCAUCAGCACUGUGGAAGGUGGGAGAGGUUUUCCUAUUGAGUAACCAAGGUGGAGUCGUCCGGACUCCAGAGCACACCUCUUUAGUCAUCAUUCUGAUACAGUUAGCACACACAGCACAGCAGGUUCAUAAGCAGAUAUAUUAUGACUAAUAAACACCUCUCACAGCCUGUUGAUAUCUGGUUAAAUAAGCUAAGAUAUACUUUAUUAGUCCAUGCAAGAUGGACAUUUUGUCUUCUUGUAUCCAACCCCACCGAUAUACACACAUUAGGUUGGAGAAGCUGGAGAAGAUGACUGAUGUCAGUGUUGUUUUCAAACAUGUGUACAGCAUUCUGCCACUGUUGUUCCUCAUCUCUCCAUCCCUAGCUAGCCUUGUGUAGUGUAGUGUAGGUAUUGGGAAAUCUGUGUCUUCUGGCUUCUUCACCUUCUGCAUUUGUAUAUUCACUAGACAUGUAUGUGGCUGAUGCGAGACUCCCCGCCACGAUGCUGGUGGAAGAUGCUAGUCCUUACCCACCAAUGUGAAAAUAGUUUUACAGGAACAACCUGUGAGCAGAGAUGCAAAUCUGUGGUUGUGGCUGCUUCUAUGGCUGUCUAGUGCCUGCUUCUCUGGGUUGAUGGCAGCAUACCAUCCCAACCAUGUUAUUUAGGAUUAAUAAUAGCUUAGUUCAUUAGUACUGAUAUCUUUUAUAACCCCCUUCACCAAACCUACACACAGAUUAUAAAUGGCUGUAAUAGACACACAACUCGUAGGCUAUUAUAUCUGCAGUGUAUCUAGUACUCCACUGUAGAAAACAGAGCUCUUAUCGCUCUGAGGGCAGUGAAAUCAAUACAGGACAAACACAGUUUAAAAACCGUCACUGAUAGCCUGCUGAACUCUAUGGUGAGCCAGUGCAGGGCUGUGGCCAUGCAGAGCUAAAACACAGCAUUCAAUAAAGGUAUGGAAUAAUCAGUGUCCUCCAUAAGACUAGACUCAUAUUUAACCUCCAGAGGUUAGGUUCUGAGCUGGCUUGUCCCUGACCUAUAGGCCUACAUACCACAGUCUGGAGGUCAGGGUGGGUCGGGGGUGGGUCAAUCUCUCUCUGUCUGCAGGUAUUGGGUCUAGUGCUUCUAACCCCACCUUCCCUCUGACUCCUUCUCUCCCUCUUGCCUCUCUCCCUGUGUGUACGGUGUGUCUCUGUGUGUGUGUUAUAGAUGCGUGAGGUGCAGCAGUUGAAGGAGCUGAUCCUAGGCAGUAACAUCAGCCUGGCUGAACAGAACCUCCAGCUGCAGCCCAGACUGGACCUGCAGAAGAACCAGCUCACCUCACGCUACCGCCACCUACAGGAGCUCUAUGACAACUACCAGCUACGGAAGUCCACACUCGGUAAGAGCCUUAGUAACUAGUCCACACUUGGUAAGAGCUCUAGCUAGUCCACACUACCAAGUCCACACUACUAAGUCCACAGUGUGCCUGUAUACCAGUCUCUGUCUCUACAUCUCAAUGCGUGCACUCUAUCUGAAAGACCAGUCUUUCUCUCUCUCUGUGUCUGUGUUGGUAGCUGACUCUUUUCUACCACCUACAGGUCUGCCUGGUCUAACCAGUUCAGUCAGUUGUUGUUCCAAGAUACUGAUCAUUCAGGUUGUCACUACAUGACCACAAUAGAAAGAAGGGAAGCACACAGCCUUUCUAAUAUGGCUGUGACGAUACCAGUAUCGCAAUAUUUUUUCCAUGGCAAAAAUGAUAACACAAAACACUCUUUGGUCCUUUAAAAACCUGCUGUAUGCAAAAUAUUGUGUGCUAUACCUUGGGAAAUAAAUAAAUGUGACUCUGGAUGACAACAUAAUGAUGUUUGUUUCCAACAUUAGGGCUGUUUUCCUAAAGAAGUUAAAUCCGCUUCAUGUUUUGUUUCCUUUCCACAAUACUAACAAGUAUCGCGAUCGUCCUGGCCCUACUUUCCACCACCAACCUAAGCCCUAACAUUGACCCCUAAAUCACGAACAAAUAUCUAAUGUGCUUUUUUUUUCUCUUUGUCCUUUCUAGCAUGGCCAUCUAGUGACUACUGUGUCAAUCAGCUAUUACCUGAUACCCCUGGCUUUCCUGUACUCAAUGCUGCUUUGUGUCUUUUGAAUGCCCCAGCCAGCCGGCUACUGUAGUACUAUCACAUUACAGCCCUGCCCCAGAGAUCAGGUCACGACUUAGGACAGUGAUUCACUGUGAUGGUUAGUGUUUGUUUUAGUGUAUUCUAACCGUUUCUCUCUCUCUCUCUCAGACCAUGGUUCAGGGAACAGUUCUCUGGACAUUCUGCUGGCUCUGCUGCAAGCUGAGGGAGCCAAGAUAGAGGAGGAGACUGAGGUGAGACACAAUAAUACACUCACAACUACACUUACGCUACAAUACACUCUCACAACUACACUUACGCUACAAUACACUCUCACAACUACACUUACGCUACAAUACACUCUCACAACAACACUUACGCUACAAUACACUCUCACAACUACACUUACGCUACAAUACACUCUCACAACAACACACACAGAUCAAUACAGACAUGUACGCACUCAGGGGUGAAAGUAGAGUUCAUUUCUUCCCGGUACAGGACCUCCUAUAUUUGCACGUGCACCAAUACAUUUUAUGGGCCUAAUCAUAGAAAUACAUAUAGAAUCCCUAUUAAUUCAAUAGGAUCUCUGUGGGCCUAGUCAUAAAGAUUUUCAUUUAACUUUUAAAAUGUAUUACCUUUUAUUGUGGCAUAAACACAACCAGUCAUGUUUUCAUCUGAUUUGUCAAACGAUCACUUCAAAGGGCUUCACUAGGAUAUCUGCGCACGUUCACCCACUUGCAACAUAUUUCCAGCCUCCAAACAGUGGUGAAUAGAACGAGACAUCUGUUACACAAAACACCAAAAAGUGUAAUGACAUUUGGCGAUUGUUAUUAGGCCAGAAUGGAUGCGUCCCCUAUGUCCACUCAUCUACCACCUGUUUUCAAGGCUAUUAGCAUUUUUCAGACAUUCAGUAAUGAUAAAAAGGGGUGUAAUAGCCUACAGUUUUCUUGACAUUUUGUUUUAAUUACUGUGAUAGGCUCAUGUUUUACCGGUACUUUCACCCCUGCUACACGUACAAUAAUACUCACUCACGCUCUAAGGUAUUUUGUGUUGUUGUGUAUUAGUUUAAGUGUGUAUGCUGCUGUGCUAUCCCUGUGUAGAACAUGGCAGACUCGUUCCUGGAUGGAGAGCUGCCUCUGGACUGCUUUAUCGACGACUACCAACGGAGGCGCCAUCUCGCUCACCUGCGCCGCGUCAAGAUCGACAAACUCCGAGAGCUGGUGCUGAAGGGUCUCCCUCGGCCCCCCCCGAUCCCCUCCCGGCCCAGCCGACCCCAGGACCUCCCCUCUACCCCCUACACCAAUGGAGCCCCCUCUCCCCAAUCCACGCGAGCUGCCCCUUCUCCCUCCCCUCAACCCCAGCACAGUGGCCUGCCCUACCCGGUCGCCCCCUAUCCACCAAUGCCUUUCCCCAGUCUGGAUGCUACAGGCUACCCCAGCGGCCCCUACAUGCACCAGCCCUACCUUCAAGCCGCUCAGCAACACCCCAUCUCCCCCUCUCCACACCUGCCCCCCCGGACUGGCUUCAUCAUGCAGUGA